AUGCUUUUUAUAUUGAAGCUCGUAGUAGCUGGUCCUCCUUACCCUUUUUGUGAUAAUAAGGAUUGCGGUUAUAAGUGUUGUGGAAGUGGUUGUUGCAAUCGUUAUUGUAUCGAUUCUGUUAUUGAGCCAGGUGCUAAAUGUCCUUGCCCUAAAGGGUGUAUUACUGAUAUUACUGGGAGAAAGAACUGUGGUGAUUCAUAUGGGCCAACGAACGGGCUAG